AGCGCAUCCAUGCGCUUUAUAGAGCUCAAGCACUGACUCCUGCAUCUGAAACCAGUCCAUAUCACCCCAAACCUGUUGAACACAGCUGCUGAAGAGGGAUAAAGUCAGCACACGCGGACUGCUGGAAAAACUCUGCAAACCACACAGAGAAGAGCAGAAUUUGUGUUGAUAUCAGCAGGAAACAUCAUCUUUGGCGUCAUUUGAAACCUUCAAGAGACCUCCACAGGUCAGUGCAGUUCAAGACCACCUCUAGUGAGCAGCAGAUAUGGUGGACACACAGACGUUUGCCUGGCCCGUGGGGUUUGGUCUGAGUGCUCUGGAACUGCAGGAACUUGACGAUAGCUCACACUCACUGGACAUGAAGCCCUUCUCCACACUGGGUUACACCAAUAUAUCUGGGAUUGAGUAUGAGCCGAGCCCACCACAGAACGAGAUGCCACACAUGAUGGAUCUAACACACAUGUACAGCUACAGAACACAAGAGAACUACAGGGUACAAGAGAGCAUCUACAGGGCUCAUGAGAGCAACUACAGAGGGCAGGAAGGCAACUACAGAGGGCAGGAAGGCAACUAUAGAGGGCAGGAAGGCAACUAUAGAGGGCAAGAGGGCAACUAUAGAAUCCAUGAAUGCAACUACAGAGGGCAAGAUAGCAGCUACUCCGAAGAGAGCAUCUACAGAGCACAAGAAUCCCAAAAUUCAAUCAAACUUGAACCCGAGUCUCCUCCACAGUUUGCAGAGAACAGCCUGUCAUUUUCCAAACCUAAUGAAGACCCAUCCACCUCCGUGUUAAAUAUUGAGUGUCGCGUGUGUGGGGACAAGGCCUCUGGCUUUCAUUACGGUGUUCAUGCCUGUGAGGGCUGCAAGGGAUUCUUCCGUAGAACCAUUCGGUUGAAGCUCGUCUAUGACCACUGCGACCUGCACUGCCGUAUCCACAAGAAGAGUCGCAACAAGUGCCAGUACUGCCGUUUUCAGAAGUGCCUGAUGGUUGGCAUGUCGCACAAUGCCAUUCGCUUUGGUCGGAUGCCCCAGGCCGAGAAAGAAAAGCUCUUGGCAGAGUUCACCACUGACAUAGAUCACAUGCACCCAGAGUCGGCCGAUCUCAGGACCCUGGCCCGGCAUCUGUACGAAUCCUAUCUGAAGUACUUCCCCCUGACUAAAGCCAAGGCCAGGGCCAUACUCUCAGGAAAGACCAGUGACAAUGCACCUUUCGUUAUUCACGACAUGAAGUCUCUGAUGGAAGGAGAGCAGAUGAUUAACUGCAGACAGAUGCCCGUACAGGACGACCGAAGGGCCGACAUGGGCAUCAUGCACGAGGUGGAGCUUCGUUUCUUCCACAGCUGCCAAUCGCGAUCGGCCGAAGCCGUCAGUGAAGUCACUGAAUUUGCAAAGAGCAUCCCCGGCUUCGUGAACCUGGACUUGAACGACCAAGUGACGCUUUUGAAGUACGGUGUUAUUGAAGUUCUCAUCAUCAUGAUGGCACCUCUCAUGAACAAAGAUGGCACGCUCAUCGCAUACGGCCAGAUCUUCAUGACUCGUGAGUUCCUCAAGAGCUUGCGCAAGCCCUUCUGUGAAAUGAUGGAGCCCAAGUUUGAGUUCUCUGUCAAAUUCAACAUAUUGGAGUUGGAUGACAGUGACAUGGCGCUGUUCCUGGCUGUUAUCAUCUUGAGUGGAGAUCGACCAGGACUAUUGAACGUCAAGCCCAUUGAAGACCUACAGGAGACUGUUCUUCAUUCUCUGGAGCUCCAGCUGAAGACGAACCAUCCAGACUCUCUCCAGCUGUUCGCCAAAGUUCUACAGAAGAUGACUGAUCUACGACAGCUGGUGACUAACCAAGUUCAGUUGAUCCAGCUACUGAAAGAGACCGAGGUUGACUGGUGCUUACACCCACUUCUGCAAGAAAUAAUGAGAGACUUGUACUAGUUUGUGGUUUGCUGAUUUUGAGUUUUGGUGUACUGCUUGUAAGUAGGGGUGAUGUUUUUGCACUGUUUGAAACCUCUGCCAACAGAGAAACUGGAACAGAGUGUUACUUGUUCAGCAGUGACCGCUUUGUGAUUCGUUUCUGUCUUACAAACAAAAAGUGUCAUUUGGUGCUCAUUGCAUGGACCCUGGUUAAAGAGGGCCGAACCACUGUGAAUCUGUUUUUACCAGGUGAAAUAAAUCUGCACUUGUUUUUUUUUUUGCAGUCCUAGUCAGUACUGAUAAAUCCAUGGACAUAAAAGUGACACUCCAUUUUUAAUAAAACAAAUCAAACAUGUUAGAAAUUUUCAGCCAUUAUCAGCAAGUGCCACCUGCAGUAUAUGUCCGCAGGGUUUUUCAUGUAGGACUGCAAUAAAAGUUUCUUGUUUUUGUCAGAGAACUGAAAACCUUAACAAACUAAAAACAUUCUGCCACUACUUUUGAAUGUACCAAAGAACUGAUUUUUAGACUAUGCACACCUUGUAUGAAAGGUAAAUUCAAAUUUAUAGAUACGCAGCGCCUUCACACUUAUAUAUGUCACAACUAAGUAUUCACGCUUUCUUUUAGAUUUUUUAUUUUAUUUUACAUUGAACAAAUACAUUUUUUUUUCUCUCUCAGUUUGAAUAUGUUGUCUUUUACAUUUAUGAGGUUUGGACAUUUAUUAUGUAGAUAAAGUAAGCUACUUUUUUUAAUUCUUCUUUAUUGUUCAUAGUCAGGAAUUAAAAUUUAUUUUCCAAAUCAUUCCAGAGCCUUAAUU